AGGAGAGAGAGAGAGAGAGAGUAGUGUAGUGUUCCCUAGACCUCAACCCUAACUUUUAAUCCCCCAACCUUCACUGCUUCAGCCCCUAUUCCCUCCUCUUUCUUGAGUCAGCAUACAAAAUUGGUCCCUCCCUUGUUCCCUCCUCUUUCUCUCUCUCUCUCUCUCUCUCUAUCUCUCUCUUCCACUCACUCUCGCUCGCCAUCAUCGUCAUGAAGCUUUGAAAAAAAAAAAAUAAAAAAAUAAAACCAAACAAAACACAAACACAAACAGAGCCGCAAACACAACAAAAGAGAAGAAAUAUGGGAAAGUACAUGAAGAAAUCUAAAAUCGCUGGUGACGUUGCAGUCAUGGAGGUCUCUCUCUCACCUCAGUCUUCUCUCGGCGUUCGCACCAGAGCCAAAUCCCUAGCCCUUCAGAGACAGCAACAGCAACAGGAACGAAAAUCAACCACCAUUGUUGAACAACAACCAGACCCAGAUGACUCUUUUUCUUACCUUCAGCUUAGGAGUCGCCGCCUUGUCAAAUCCCCGUUGCUCGGCGACACCAAGAACCACCAUAGUCAUCAUGAGAAGGUUUCCAAGCGCUCUAAUGGUAAUGGUUGCUGUGGAGAAAACCAGCCCCCAAAACCCAAUGUUUCCGGACCUGAUUCGAGGUUGAGGAUGGAUUCGGUUGACCCGGUGGAUUCGGGCCUUGCUCGGUCGGUGGUUUUUGAGGGACAAACGGAGAAUGGAAACGAUGUGGGUAUAGAGAUUUCAUUCGGAGAGAAUAACUUCGAUUUUGAAAACAGGGACAGGGAAAGCACACCGAGCAACUUGAUACGGGAAUCGGACACGUUAGGAACCCCUGGUUCAACCACGAGACAGACAAACUCCAAUGCGUCUAACCGAAGAGUUAGGAAUGACAUACAAAGAAAUAUCCCAACAGCCCAUGAAAUGGAGGAGUUCUUUGCUGUUGCAGAGCAGCAGCAACAGAGAAUUUUUAUUGACAAGUACAACUUUGACUUCGUGAAUGAGUCCCCACUUCCUGGAAGGUAUGAAUGGGUAGAAGUAAUUCCCUAAUCCGGACGCAUUCGCUUGAUGUUUUAAGCCCUGAACUUCUAGAGUUAAAAGACUACUUAUUUCAAUCAACAUUGCAAAGCUCAAGAGUAAUUUGGUAAUAGCAAGUACAAGGCCAAACUUCAUUGUUAAAGAGAAAGGAACCAUUUGUGAAGACAUUGGUGAAGAGGGGUAGUUUAGGGGCUUGAUGGUUCUGUCCUUGUAAUUUUAAAGGGUAUAUCUAAUUUCUAGAUUUUCUUUUGCUUACUUUGUUUUCUUGAUUUCUAAACCUUUUGUCAAUAUUUAGGCAGUGAAGAGCUGGUCUCUUUGGAAAUAAAUGUAACUGAUUCCUUUUCCCAUUAUUUUGUCUCGUCUUUUGUUUCAUGUACCCUGCAUUUUGUCAAACUACUAAUGAAAUGAAAUAUAACCUGCAGUUUGGAUUUAA